CGCCGCCGCCGCCUGCCCAGCGGCCCGGGAGGCGGAGGCGCGGGGGAGGAGGCCCCGCUUGGCUCCGCAGCCCCGGAUGCUGCAUGACUUCAUCCUUCCGCCGGCUCCCCAGCUGAGCUAGGGCCGGUCCGGCAGCUAGCCCGCCACUCGUGCCCCGCCGCAGUCUCGCGCCCACCCCUCGCCCGCCAUGUCCGAGAUCCUGCCCUAUAGUGAGGACAAGAUGGGCCGCUUCGGCGCCGACCCCGAGGGCUCCGAUCUCUCCUUCAGCUGCCGCCUGCAGGACACCAACUCCUUCUUCACGGGUAACCAGGCCAAGCGACCCCCCAAGCUGGGCCAGAUCGGCCGAGCCAAGAGAGGUACGCGGCCGGGGCCCGGAGUCGUCGCCUGACCCAGAAACCCUCCGCUGGGCACCCCCCCGGCUGCAGUUCCCCGCCAAGCGACCGCAGCUCUUGCCGCAGACCAACGCAGCCGGCCAGUAGCCGGCCGGGGUUUGAGGGAAGGGAGGGGGGUCCCUGCAGCAGUGUUGUGUCCUCCUCUUUCCCUCUCCCGGGAACGCAGUGCCCCGGAUUCGAUGCACACCACCUCUGGAAGUAGAGCCCUGGCACCCGGGCGAGGGGGAGGGGCCGGUCGGGGCAUUUGGGGCAGCCUGGAAGUAGGAUCGCGGGGCGGUGCGCCGCUUCUUCAGGAUCAAACGAUGAGUCGGUGGAUGCUACGGAAGAACCUUCGGGUGGGGAAGGACGUCCGAUUAAAAAGAGGGCAGGGGGCCCGAGGGUUCGGUUGUCCUGGUUGUUUGCAUGGGGAGGGGACUCUGUUGGUGCUAGAAUCAAGUGGGGUUUGAGCGGCAAGAGGGUUAAGUUGGGGAGAGGGCUGGACUAAACGGAGAUUCCGCUCGAGGAGGGGGUUCUGUUGAAAUGGGGGUGGAAGAUCCCAUGAGCGAAAAGAUUUCAAAUUUCUCGGAUGGAGAAGAGCUCUGAUGGAAGGAGGGCUUGGACUUGGGAGGUUGAAUGGCUUGGAACCUGUAAAGAGGGGGCGUUCCUCCACAGGGAGGGGAGGGGGCUCUGUGGGAGAUGGGCUGACAGCGGGUUGAAUGGGCGAGAAGAGUUCGGAUGGGAAGGGCACUGUGGCUCUAGGGGGUACGGGAGGCGGGAAGGGGCGUCGCUGGACCACCAGCAGUAACUGAGCGGGCUCGAGGACGCGGGGCCCAUUUUCGCCGCCGCCCCCUGAGGCCGC